AUGAAGACCACCUUCUUCCUCGCUGUCGCCGCUCAGGCUGCUCUCGUCUUCGCCAACUGCAGAGUCGAGAUCCUCGACGGCAACUCGUUCCAGCUCGGCACCGCCUGCAUCCCCAAGGGAGGCCAGGGACCUGUCGCAGUCAAUGGCCGCAACUACUUCGUCACCGCCACCACCAGCUGUGGCCUGGGCUUCCUCGGCACCCAGACCCACCCGUCUGACUGGCAGCUCAAGCUUCUCGGCAACUGCUAA